AUGGCAGAAGCUCCUAUGCCUUAUACUCCUUCAUCACCUUCUUCUCCAAAACAAUCAAACUUACCCACUUUCUUCAUUGUCGGAAUAGCAGCUGUCUUACUUGGCCUCUACAAUCUCCUUAUCGUUCGAUGGUGCAACGAAAAUAACCACACGAAUGAUCAGUCUACUGAACAAAUAUCUAGCCAUGUUUCUCUAGAUAACCUUAAUGUGAACUUAAUGUCCAGUUUCAGGUACAAGAAAGAAGGAGUUGAAGUUGGAGGAAAUGAUCAUGAGAAGAAUAAUGAUGAUAUUGAGUGUUCUGUGUGUUUAUCAGAUUUUAAAGAAGGGGAAGAUGUAAAGCAACUUCCAAGAUGCAACCACUCUUUUCAUGCUUCUUGUAUUGAUGUGGCUUUAUUCUCACUUGGAUUGCCCUAUGUGUCGUUCUCCGGUGGAGCUGCCGGUGCUUCACCGGAGUAG